AUGAAGACGCUGAACAUGAGUGACUGGCGAAGGGUCUUUCAGGAGCAGAUGCAAGUGGCGAAACCCAACGACGUCUGGAGCCUCAAGAUGGACCAGCAGCUUGAUUUCAAUCACUUGGGCCCUGGAUGGGUGCAAGUCUUGCAGGAACAUGCUCAUGCAAGGUUUACAUGUUCACAAUGCUACCAUAGCUGGUCCUCACAUCGUGUCGUUAUCCUCUUCCAUAUGUACUGGGAGAGAUACGAAAGACGAGGAUGGGCCUGGAUGAGGGUCUUUAGGCAGCAGUGCCACGAGUGUUCUUCGGAGAAGCAUGAAGAGCCACAGUUCACUGAGACAGAUGUUGCCAGUGCCAUACAUCGCUUGAUCCUCGACAUCCGGGAUAAUUGCUACGGGGAAUACGUUGACCGCAGUGAACUCUCUGAGGUGGUAUGGGACACGGAGCACGACGGGCAUAUUCAUCAAGAAUGUGAAGCUUGCCAAAUGGGACUCCACAGAAAGCAACGUGGGAAGCCUGAAAAUGCAGUGCAUCAUGGGAGGCCUCAAGGCGCAAUGCAGUAUGGGAACCCCCAGCCCCCAGCUUGUGUUGUUUGUGCUGCUUUCAUUGUUCGUAUUUUAACGGCGCAGCUACCUGCUUUCCUGGAUGAGGCAAAUUGUUUAGACCCUUUCCUGUCUGGAUUUAAGCCUUGUUGUGAGAAUGAGACAGCCUUGAUUAUCUAUGCCGGGAGGCGGACCGAGGGAAUAUGA